AGCAGUGGAGAGAAAGACAGGUGACCAGGACCAUGGAGCUCAGUGUCCUCCUCCUCCUGGCCGUCUUCGCGGGGCUCUUGCUGCUCAUGGCCAGGGGCCACCCAAAAGCUCGUGGACGGCUCCCUCCUGGGCCCCGCCCCUUGCCCUUCUUGGGGAACCUUUUGCAGAUGGACAGAAAAGGUCUUCUCAAAUCCUUCCUGAAGAUCCGAGACCAGUACGGCGAUGUGUUCACUGUAUAUCUGGGACCAAGGCCCGUGGUCAUGCUCUGUGGGACAGAAGCCAUCCGGGAGGCUUUGGUGGACAAUGCUGAUGGUUUCUCCGGCAGAGGGACAAUUGCUGUGAUAGAUCCAAUAUUCCAGGGAUAUGGUGUUGUCUUUGCCAAUGGGGAACGUUGGAAGGUCCUUCGGAGAUUCUCUCUGGCCACCAUGAGGGACUUUGGGAUGGGUAAACGAACUGUGGAGGAGAGAAUCCAGGAGGAGGCUCAGUGUAUGGUGGAGGAACUUCGGAAUACCAAGGGAGCCCUCCAGGAUCCCACCUUCUUCUUCCACUCCAUCACUGCCAACAUCAUCUGCUCCAUCGUCUUCGGGGAACGUUUCUCCUACCGAGAUCCCCAGUUCCUACGCCUGCUGGAUCUGUUCUUCCAAACCUUCGCCCUCAUCAGCUCCUUCUCCAGCCAGGUGUUUGAGCUCUUCUCUGGCUUCUUGAAGUACUUCCCUGGCUCACACAGGCAGAUCUUUAGAAACCUUCAGGAAAUCAAUGACUUCAUUGGCCACAGUGUGGAGAAGCACCGCGAGACUCUGGACUGCACGGCUCCCCGCGACUUCAUCGAUACCUACCUGAUACGCAUGGACAAAGAGAAGUCUGACCCCAAUACUGAAUUCCAUCACAAGAACCUCAUUAUCACUACACUCUCGCUCUUCUUCGCUGGCACGGAGACCACUAGCACCACUCUCCGCUAUGGAUUCCUGCUCAUGCUCAAAUACCCACACAUCAGAGAGAGAGUCCAGAAGGAGAUUGAUCGAGUGAUUGGCUCACACCGUACUCCCGCCCUCAAUGACCGAGCCAACAUGCCAUACACCGAUGCCGUCAUCCAUGAGAUUCAGAGAUUCGGGGACCUCCUCCCCAUCGGAGUACCGCACAUUGUAACCAAAGAUACACACUUCCGAGGGUACAUCAUCCCAAAGGGUACUGAAGUAUUUCCCAUCCUGAACUCUGCUCUCAAUGACCCACAAUACUUCAAGAAACCAGAAACCUUCAACCCUGACCAUUUUCUGGAUGCCAAUGGGACUUUGAAGAAGAAUGACGCUUUCAUGCCCUUUUCUAUAGGGAAGCGUAUUUGUCUUGGAGAAGGCAUCGCCCGUGCAGAAUUAUUCCUCUUCUUCACCACCAUCCUGCAGAACUUCACUCUGGCUACCAACAUGGCCCCUGAGGACAUCGACCUCACCCCCAUGGAGUGUGGUGUGGGCAAACUGCCCCCAAUAUACAAGAUCCGCUUCCUGCCCCGCUGAGGAGACUGAGGAAAGGGGCUCCAAGAGGGCUGGGAUUAGGGUCCUUCCUUCUGCAAAAAGUGUCCCCUGCCUCUCUCCAUGUCUUCCUUCUUCAGAGAUCUCACUACAAGCCAGUAUCUUUCUCCCUCCUCCGUGGCUGCCUCCAUGAGGAAUUCCUUCCUCAUGCAGAUUCAUCGUUUGGCUCCUAUGUGGAAUUAGAAAGAUGCAUUCCUUUCCUCUGUUAACAGAAUUCCAGAAUGAGUGCAUAGAGUGAAACAAGGCUAACCAUAAGAAAUUUGGCUCUAGAUGCCUGCAGUUCUGUGCCCAUCCCCCGGUUCACAGCUCCUCUAAUGACUUCUCCCUUGAAUCAUUCAGUCUCUAUAUAUCCGUUCCUUACACUCCACGAUCUGCAUUUACAUGAUCCCAUCUCUAUCCUCUUUCCAACGACAAUCAUGUAUGAUGAACACACCCUUUCAUGGACAAGUAAACAGAGUUUGGACCAUGAAGUAUUGUUUGGGGGCGGGGGGGGGGAGAAUCACGUGGUUAGAGAGUCGAGGAGUGAAAAAAAUGACUCUAUUCACCUAGCUCUGGAACUCAAAUUCCUCCCAAUCACUCUCUCAACUCCCCUUUUUGCACUUAUAUUUUACAAAGAAUAUGACAUUCACAUAACAUAACAUGAAUCAUUGUGAAAUGGAUCUACUUAGUAGUAUUUAAUUCACUUACCUGUUUGACAGACACUAUCACGCUACUUUGUCACCACAGAAGAAAAUCCUUUCUCCAUCAACAAUCUCUCCCCAUUGUCUCAGUCCCCUAGCCAGCGCUAAUUUGCUUUCUGUCACAGUGGAUGGGCUCUUCUGGAUAUUUCCUAGAAAUGGAAACAUAAAAUAUGUGAUCUUGGUGUUUGU